CAAGGUUCUGCUGUCAGUGUCAAAUUUGACAGCUUGAGAUUGUUGUUAAAUUUGGUUCGUGAUUUUACGUGCGUGAGUCAUCUCAACAGGAACUAUAACUUUAUUGUAAUCAAUCCUUGUUUUUGGGAUAUUAAAAAUUAUUUCCAUUUAGGCUUCUCGCCUUUUUUAUAUUUUGUAAACAGUUUCGUAAAAGCCGUCAAGCUGGGGAACGAAAUGUCAGCAUCAGCCAUGGAGAAGCAUCUAUUUAAUUUAAAAUUUGCCGUAAAGGAAUUGGAAAGAAAUUCUAAGAAAUGUGAAAAAGAAGAGAAGUUAGAGAAAGAGAAAGCAAAGAAAGCUAUCCAGAAGGGAAACAUGGAGGGGGCUAGAAUACACGCAGAAAAUGCUAUUAGACAGAAGAAUCAGGCUUUAAAUUAUUUACGCAUGUCAGCCAGAGUCGAUGCAGUAUCUAGCAGGGUUCAGACUGCCCUUACAACAAGAAAGGUUACCAACUCAAUGGCAGGAGUUGUCAAAGCAAUGGAUGCAGCCAUGAAGUCAAUGAACCUAGAGAAGAUUUCCACAUUAAUGGAUAAAUUCGAGAGUCAAUUUGAAGAUCUGGAUGUACAGUCAUCAUAUAUGGAGAAUGCAAUGUCACAAACAACUACAACAACAGUGCCACAGGGAGAUGUUGAUCAGCUGCUACAUCAAGUGGCAGAUGAAGCUGGGCUGGAGUUAAACAUGGAGCUGCCUUCGGGCGUGCCGAGCACCUCGAUAGGAACAGCGACGGUGGUAUCGCAGGAACAGGACGAGCUCACGCAGCGACUCGCGCGGCUCAGGCAGGCCGAGUAGCGCCACGGAGAUUAGUUCCCGCAUGCAAUGAGAGGCACUACUAUUGCACUGCCUAUGUUUCAUAACUAAUUCAGUACACUUAGCACGAACCAUUAUCGAAUUUGAAUAGUUGUAUUCGAUCUAGAUAUAAGUCAAAUGUGUGUACCGAUUUUCAGUUCUCGUUAUAUCCGUUGUGGCGCUGCUGUUCAAGUUUCCAUACAGAAUUUGACUUUGACAUUUCACACUUGCAUUCUAUUCGAAUUCGACAUUGAUUCGUGCUAAGGGUACAGAUGAUUCAUUAUGAUGAUGAACUUGGCUUUUGUAAUCAGCUACUUGUAUAAUUAAGUAGAUCUAACCAUCGUAUUUAUGAACAUGUAAAAAUUUACUUGUGCUAAAUUCAAAUCAAUUUUUGUUGAUUAUGGCAGCUUCUCAUUACGUGACGAUUCUGCCAAUGUCCGGAUACUUCUAAAAGAGACUACGUUAGUGCGCUCUAUUGGCGGCUGUUGCCAAGUGAAGUUGGGGCAGAGACUACUUGUGCCAUUUUAAAAUGCAAUAAUGUUGGUGUAUGACCUGUCUAUAUAUUUUGUUUAACUUGGUUACUAAGCAACAACUUAUUACUUGUUUAUAAAUACGAAUGUAAGAUAUGCCUUUGCAUUACUUUAAACCUCCAUUUAUACCGCCGCGGAAUGGAAUGGAAUCGAAUUUUUCCAACUAAAUUGUGCAUAGCAUAAUGAAUUCUAUUAAAUUGUAUAACUUACAAACUAAAUUAGAGCCAAAAAAGGGCAAUAUUUCGUAACAAAAAUUCGCUUCCAUUCCAUUCCGCAGGGCGGUACAAAUUGAGCCUUACAUAAAAAUUAAAAUCGUCAUGGGCACUUCCAUUCAAAUGCCUAAAAACUUUAGAUUUUAAGCUUCGAUCAACAAUUCUAUAGGUCAGUAAAUCUGUCUCGGUAAAUAUAGCCUCACUGGAGGCUUAUUUUAAAUAAGUUCGGUUAAUACAAAACGGAGUAACUCGCUGGCCAAUGACUGGUAAAAAUAUUUUAUUUUGUGGUAGGUUGAUUUCACAUUUUCCUUUUUUCACCUUUAUCGUUUUUUUCCAAGUUUCAGAUACAAUUUAUUAAAGAAACAAGAGUUCGUUUUA